CGCAGGCGCGUACGCACGCCGGAUCAAGAUGGCGGUCGAGUGAUUCCAAGUUUGAAUUUCAAUUUUCGAAUAACUGAAAGUAAUUGUUAUAGAGCGAUCCAUGCGAAAUGACUGUAGUGGUUCGUACGAGCGCGCUGACGUUUCCCCCUUAUCGCCAGUUGGACAUUGAUUUUUGCACGGUGCUACAAGAGUAAUACAUGUUUAUAACAUCGCAUUACAGUUAUGACCUGAGUCAUUAUGUGCCAGAAUAUAUAGGAGAUUUAUGGAUUAUUAAUUCCGCCAAAAUGGUAUAAAUCGGGAGACGUGUCAACCAUCGCAAGACGUUGCCUAAAAGGGGUUUUGCGGGUAAGGUUCGAGCGCGGAGUCCACGCGGUCGGCCUUACUAACAGGUGAGGCGGCGACGCCACACAGAACAUGAUACUAAGGUUACCCUGUCCCUUCACGCAGACGUCGCUCGCGAGCUUACGACAAGCGCCCGCAUCCGGCCACUCCGCCGGGCCGGCCUGGUGGACCAUGAUGAACGGGGUCGGCGGCGCGCUGUACGAGGAAGCGCACGCGUCGCCGCCCGGGGGCUCGCCCCCAGCCGCGCCAGCUGCCGCGCCGCCCUCGGCCUCCAGCGCCUCGCCGGCCUCCGUGGGCUCCAACCCUCCGCAGCCGCCGCUGCACAUCCCGGCCAAGCGGUACGAGCCGGAGCCCGGCGUCAUCAGGCACGCGCAGCAACCCUGGGGAUACCCCCCAGAUGCGCCGGCUUCCUUUGAGCAUCAGUACCCCACCGCCCCCACCUACUACAACCUGCCUGUGGAGAGGGAGCGCAAAUCGUCGCUCCCCUUCUGGCCGGCUAGUGGUGGCGAGUACAAACCGUACGCUGACGGUGGCUGCCAUCAAGGAUUCUCACAGCCCUGCUGGAACUACCCGUACGGAGCCCCGCGCGGCGACCAGCCCCUGCCCUACGUCGGUGGCGAGGAGCGCAGGACGGCCGUCUCCGAAGCAUCCAGCUUCUCGCACGACGCUUACGGGCUGCGAAACUACGCUCCCGAGUCAGUGUCCAGUGCGCCAUACCCGCCUCCAGGCUCCUUACCCGGUUCCCUGUCGAUGUCAGUCGGCGUUGGAGUCGGCUGCGGAUCAUCGAAUCCCCUCGACUGGGCGGGCCAAGUAACGGUUCGCAAAAAACGCAAACCCUACUCCAAGUUCCAAACCCUCGAACUAGAGAAAGAGUUCCUCUUCAACGCUUACGUAUCGAAGCAGAAGAGGUGGGAGCUCGCGCGGAAUCUGAACCUGACAGAGAGACAGGUGAAAAUAUGGUUUCAGAAUAGACGGAUGAAGAACAAGAAGAAUUCGCAGCGGCAGGCGGCCCAGGCGGCGCAGAACAACAACAACAAUUCGAAUGCGAACAACCACAACCACCAUGGCGCCCACCACCACGCGCCGCACCACGUAGCGCUGCACCACGCACCGCCGGCCAAACACCAUCAGUGACCCGCGCCCUUCUCUGGGACUUACCCCCUUCACCACGGUAUAGCCAGCUAAAUCCGACGGCCGAAAGGAAAGUUCCAUAGGACUAAAGUGUGAAAUGUGGUCGUACUUAAAGUUUGGAUUCGUUCACGUCCAAUGUUUCAAGUCUUGAAACGACAGAACGUUGCGUUGCUAUACCGUCUCGUACGUAAGGACGCUUUGCCGAGGCGCGCCUCGAGUCCCAGAGAAUCUCAUAGUAAGAUAAUGAUUGUGUUGUCGAUUUGUGUAUAGUAUUAAUUACGAAAUUAUGUUCUGUAAUUUUAACGAGACUAAGUAAAUGAGUAGAUAACGAUUCCUGAUAUUAAUAAUGUCUAGUAUAGUGCUGAUAUUAUGUAUUUUGAAAUUUAUUUAAGUACGAUUUACGAAUAUUAAAGACGUCACCGAUGAAUUAUAGUUUCUAGAUAGUUUAUUGAAAAUAAAUUUUGUAAAAUAUUUUGUGAGACUGCUUAUUGUUGUAUUCGUAUCGCUGUUCAGAGGGUGAUUAGUCUUAAAUCGGUUAACUUUUAUUUUCGUUACCAAAUUGUUGAAUUACUCGGGUUGCUUUGGUGGCAGUUAUAGAUAUCCAUCGUCGAUUUGUACGAUAUGUAUGCAUUAAUAUAGAUUAUGGCAGCCAUUAUAGCUAAGUAUGUACCUAUUACUACCAUCGACGCAUCACAUUUCUAUAUUAAAUAUAUUACACACAUAAGCAGAGGAUAGAAUCCACAUUAUGAUCAAAUAUUUAUUACUGUUUAAUUUCUUAUCUGAUAAUUCGUAAAUUUUGUUAUUUAAAUUAUGGAUUUCUGACAAAGCUUUAACUCGGUUCCAGUAGAUUAUUCAUUAAGUUACUGUUAUGUCAUUUUUUAAAAUAUUGAAGUUGAUGUUAUAAUCAAUUAAUUAGGUAUUAUGGGCAAGUGCAUUAAUAUUGUCCUCUAUUGGUUCAUUGUACUGUUUGCUUUAGCCUCUCCUAUUACUUUUUAUUUUGUUUUAGUUGAAUAUUUUAUUAUUUAUUUAUACACAAAUGUAAAAUUUGUAUCUUGCUCUACAUUUAAAGAAUCGUGUACAUUAGGUACUUUGAAAGUUAUUUCAUGUGUUUUUUUUGUCUACUUAGAUAUCGGCAUAAACUCAUCCCAGUCUUAGGCUACCAUCUUUACUAUUUAGCUACCUUCAUCUUCCCUAUUUUAUCAUAUUAUUAUAUCUAUGUAAUAAAUGUUUUGUAAACUAAGUAGUUCAAUCGGAUCUAAUUCAUUAAAUCUGUAUUGUCCCGUAAUUUUAUAGUGAAUAAUUAGAUGUUUUUGUACAAAAGGCGACCUCGUCUAGGUGACCGAAUUUUUUACAUGUUUACAGUUUAUUCAAGCACCUUAGAUCUUCAUGAAACCAUAGGCGAAUCGAGACUAUUAUGUAUCAAAUCGCCAUAUGUAAUCAAUAUGUAAUUGUCCUGAUUAAUACAAGAUAAAUCAUUUCGUUUCUACAUUGACUUUAUCUGAAAAUUACCUACAAAGUUUUUAAAAUAGAUAAAUUAAUUGGCCGAGUACUUAUCGUCUCUCGUAAUUAUUCAAACUUUUAAAAUAAAUGAAAAAUUAAUCACUAACAAAUAAAAUAAUAUUACUUCAGAUAAAGUCGAUAGCUUCUAUAAAACUGUAUAUUAAAAGAUUUCAGUAGACACUAUGAUUAGAACCAUACUUACCUAAACUAUAUUAUUGUAAUAAUUAAAGGUCUCGUAAUUAUUAUUGUACAGUUAAAUUAAUGUAGUUAAUCACGCCAGAAAAUGUGAGGUUUUGUUAAGUAUAAUGUAUAAUUAAAAUGAAUGUGCUCUCGACAGUUUAUGACGAAUUUAGAAAAGAAUGUACGAAAGGGGAAAAAAUUAAAUACUUCGUCGUGUC